AUGGCUUCAAUCAAGCAAGUCUCUGAGGAACAUCCCAUUUACGCAGACACCAACCAUGACCCCGUUACGUCGAUUCUGCCGCAGGGCGAUGUUCCCUAUACGGACCAUGAGAUGACCGAGGAUGAGAGGGUCAUCAUGGCCCUGGGUUAUAAGCAGGAGUUCAAGAGAGAAUUCUCGCUUUUUACGACGUUCUGUGUGAGCUUUGCUGUCUUGGGGUUGUUGCCGUCGUUUGCGAGUACGAUGUAUUACGGUAUGCCCUCACCGAUUGGGAUAUGCUGGGACGGCAGGUAUGGUCUGGGGGUGGAUUAUUGGGAUGGUUUUCAUUCAAUGCGUGGCCAUGUCUAUGGCGGAGCUCUGUUCGGCCAUGCCCACGAGGUACCCCCCCAAAAAUUGCCAGAUGGAAAUACUGUUGAAAUUGACCAGUUCAACAGUGGCGGAUUGUAUUAUGCAGCAGCUGUUCUUGCUCCCCCAAAAUGGGGGCCAUUCGCAGCGUGGAUCACCGGAUGGUCGAACUGGAUCGGUCAAAUCACCGGAGCGCCAUCAGUGAACUAUUCCCUGGCAGCCAUGAUGCUGGCGGCGGGAUCAAUCAACGACCCAAGCUACCAGCCGACGGAUUGGCAGACGUUUCUCCUUACAGUGCUGCUUAUCAUCAUCCAAUCGAUCAUCAGCAGCAUGCCCACAUCGUGGGUCGCGCACUUCAACUCCUGGGGCUCGACGUUCAACAUGCUCGCCCUGGUCACGGUUAUCAUCUGCAUCCCAGCAGGAACCAAGAACUCCCCCCGCUUUACCCCCAGCGACAAAGUCUGGGGCACAAUCACCAACAUGACCGACUUCCCAGACGGAAUCGCAGUGCUCAUGUCCUUCGUCGCCGUCAUCUGGACCAUGUCCGGCUACGACUCCCCCUUCCACCUAAGCGAGGAAUGCUCCAACGCGAACAUCGCCUCUCCGCGUGCCAUUGUCCUCACCUCGGCCGUCGGCGGCCUCUUCGGCUGGUUCCUCCAGCUGGUCGUCGCCUACACAGUCCUCGACAUCGACGACGUCAUGAACUCCUCCCUGGGCCAACCAUGGGCCUCAUACCUACUACAAGUCAUGCCCAAGAAAACAGCCAUGGCCAUCUUAGCCCUCACCAUCAUCUGCUCCUUCUCAAUGGGCCAGGGCUGCAUGGUCGCCGCUUCCCGUGUCACCUACGCCUACGCCCGCGAUGACUGCUUCCCUUUCUCCAAUAUCUGGAAACAGGUCAACCCCGUCACCAAGACGCCCGUGAACGCCGUCAUCUUCAACUCUGUCCUAGGCAUCCUCAUGGUUCUCCUCAUUCUGGCCGGGGACACGGCCAUUGGCGCGCUGUUCUCCAUCGGCGGCAUCGCGCAGUUUGUCGCUUUCACCAUCCCCAUCUGCAUCCGCGUGUUCUUCGUCGGGGACCGCUUCCGUCGUGGGCCGUGGCAUUUGGGUCCCUUUAGUCGUGUUAUCGGUGGCAUGAGUGUUGCUUUCGUCGUGCUUAUGGUGCCUAUUCUCUGUCUGCCCAGUGUCACUGGGAAGGAUCUUACGCCGGAUCUGAUGAAUUGGACGUGUUUGGUGUACGGGGCGCCCAUGUUGGCGGUGCUGAUUUGGUGGUUUGUCGAUGCGCAUAAGUGGUUCAAGGGUCCUAAGGUUAAUGUUGAGCAUGCUAUCCAUGGGGUUGUCGUUGAUGCUGUUGAAGUAGAUGGGGCUGGUAGUGGUGAUCUCAAGAAGUAA